ACCAACACUACCUCUUCAAUGGCGAUGGCAGCGAUAGGAGGAGUGUCGAGAGUUCCAACACUACCUCUCAAUCAGAGAACCAACACUACCUCACCCACACCUUCCAUUAAAUUCACCAAUCCAAACCUCUCCUCUUCAUCUCACAUUACUGCCGAUAAGAUUCCGUUAAAAGCGGUUUCCCUUCGCCCGAAAACUGCUUACAAUGGCAGAAUUCCCAUCUUGGUUUCUCCUAAAGCAGUCUCCGACUCAAAGAACUCACAAACGUGUCUCGAACCCAAUGCAAGCCUUAGUGUCCUGGGAAUUAUACUUGGAGGUGGAGCAGGCACCCGUUUAUACCCUCUAACCAAGAAGAGGGCAAAGCCUGCUGUUCCUUUGGGAGCAAAUUACAGGCUGAUCGAUAUUCCUGUGAGCAAUUGCUUAAACAGUAAUAUCUCAAAGAUAUAUGUUCUCACACAGUUCAAUUCUGCAUCUCUUAAUCGCCACCUUUCACGGGCAUAUGCCACUAACAAGGGAGGACACAAGAAUGAAGGGUUUGUUGAAGUUCUUGCUGCACAGCAGAGCGCAGAGAACCCGAAUUGGUUCCAGGGUACUGCUGAUGCUGUAAGGCAGUAUUUGUGGCUUUUUGAGGAACACAAUGUUAUGGAAUUCCUGGUUCUUGCUGGAGACCAUUUGUACCGUAUGGACUAUGAGAGCUUUAUUCAAGCACACAGAGAAACUGAUGCUGAUAUCACUGUAGCAGCACUUCCAAUGGAUGAAGCACGUGCUACUGCAUUUGGCCUAAUGAAGAUUAAUGAAGAAGGUCGCAUAAUUGAAUUUGCAGAGAAGCCAAAAGGAGAGCAGUUGAAAGCAAUGAAGGUUGAUACUACCAUCUUAGGACUUGAUGAUGAUAAAGCUAAAGAGAUGCCUUAUAUUGCAAGCAUGGGAAUAUAUGUUGUCAGCAAAGAUGUGAUGCUGAAGCUACUUCGUGAGAAGUUCCCUGGAGCCAAUGAUUUUGGAAGUGAAGUUAUUCCAGGUGCAACAUCCAUCGGAAUGAGGGUGCAAGCCUACUUGUAUGAUGGUUAUUGGGAAGACAUUGGUACCAUAGAAGCUUUCUACAAUGCUAAUUUGGGAAUCACAAAAAAGCCACUCCCAGAUUUCAGCUUUUAUGAUCGUUCUUCUCCAAUCUAUACACAACCUCGAUAUUUACCGCCUUCCAAGAUGCUCGAUGCUGAUGUUACAGAUAGUGUUAUUGGUGAGGGUUGCAUGAUUAAGAAUUGCAAGAUUCACCAUUCUGUUGUUGGGCUUCGGUCUUGCAUCUCAGAGGGUGCGAUUAUAGAAGACACAUUGUUGAUGGGUGCAGACUAUUAUGAGACGGGUGCCGAUAGGAAGUUACUGGCUGCAAAAGGUAGUGUACCAAUUGGCAUUGGCAAGAAUACCCACAUCAAGAGAGCAAUUAUUGACAAGAAUGCUCGCAUUGGAGACGAUGUGAAGAUCAUUAACAGUGACAAUGUGCAAGAAGCAGCGAGAGAAACAGAUGGGUACUUCAUCAAGAGUGGAAUCGUCACAGUAAUUAAAGAUGCUUUGAUACCAAGUGGAAUCAUCAUUUGAAGCCACUUCUGUUGCUUUUAGAUAUGUAAUAAGAUCAAUCUUUUUCCUUUCCCCCACCCCCACCCCUUCAAAAAAAAAAAAAAAAAAGAAAAAACUCAUUUCUUUUCCAUUCAAAAAUUUUGGGGCAUGAGAGAUGAUAUAAUAAGUGGUCAAUUUGCCCUUCUACCCACGGUUUUGGGGAUUGAGAACUCUGUAUUAUCCUU